UUAUUUGUAGAUAACGGUCACACUUUCCAACUGUUUUUUGUCCCGUUCGUUUGCGCACUUGUUCUUGUAUCAGGUUUUGUUCGCUGCUCGUUGGUGCAGCUGCAUUCUUUCUCGCUCCCACCCCUGCCCCUAAAGGCCCCUGGAAACCCCAGCGAACCCCUGCACCUGUGCGUUCUCGAGGUGCGAGCGAGAGGCACUUGCCACGCUUGACUUGCAGCAGGUCUGCAAGCGACGCGGAAAUGCCACGGGAAGGCACAGCCAUAGCCGCCGAUAGCCACCAGUUCCAGUCCCGAUAAGGCGACGAUAGGCAGAGCAGACAGCUAGCUGGAAAGCCAGAUAGCGACGGGGGAGCGGAAUUAUUUAUUAUUCAAAUUCUGAAUGGAAUGACGAUGUGAUGGGCUCGUGCUCGUGUACGCGGCGACACUUUUUGCUGUCAAUAUGCUUCCUGCAAGUGAUAACGAUUAUCGAGCGCCAGGUAUUCGACUUCCUCGGGUACAUGUGGGCGCCCAUCCUGGUGAACUUUUUCCACAUUCUGUUCAUCAUAUUCGGGUUCUACGGCGCCUACCACUUCCGCGUUAAAUACAUCAUCACCUAUCUAAUAUGGAACUUCCUGUGGAUCGGCUGGAACGCCUUCCUCAUUUGCUUCUACUUGAAUGUGGGGCAGUUGAACAGGGACAGUAACCUGCUCAACCUGGGUACUGGCAGCGUCUCCUGGUUCGAGGCGAACGGAUACGGCUGCAAGCCCACCUACAACAUGACCGCGGACGAUCCGAUCCGGCCGGAGCGCGUGGAGGGCUGCCUGCUGGACUACGAGCUGGUGGAGAUCACCCACUCGGGGGUGCAGUGCGCCCUGGCGCUGCUCGGCAUAUUCGGUGCGAUUCUUAUCAGUUGCAUAUUUCUUGACGAGGACGACAGAUUCGAUUUCAUGAACGGCGACGCGAAGAGUCCACAGCACACCGUGGUGCACCCAAUGUACGUGAGCUAUACAAGUAUACCCACAACAUCCGCAAGCGCCACCAUGCAAUCAAACAAGCAUCUGCAACUGCAGCAGCAGCAGCCGCAGCAGAACUCACUGAAACUCUAUCAUCAUCAGCAACAACAGCAACCCAAACUACACCACUUCAACAAGAACUACCAGUUGAGCGGCAGCAACAAUAAUACACUCAACAAUAAUCUCCACCAGCGCGCGCCUUCGCUGCUGCCGCCAGACACAACAAAUAACCACAGCGCAUCAUUCCAACCCCACAGUCACCCCUCGACCAACCAUCUAACCCAGCGCACGGGCGGCGAGGGGAGCAACUGCAGCAGCUUGCGCCGCCACCGGCACAACCAUUCCAAGGCCCCGGUCAGCCCCAGUCCCAUGUCCCCCCAGACCACGCCCUCGCUCUCGUACGCCUCGCUACAGAACUCCAAUCCCUAUCUGGCCGGCAACUCGCUGAGCAACAGCAACUACAGCAUCUUCCAGAGCCCCGACUCGCUCCAGGGCAGCUCCCAUUUCGCCCGCAUCCACCACAAGCCCAAGCCGCCCAAGUCCGGCCUUCCUGUCUCGGGUGGACUAGAUCCGAGUCCUGGCAUGGGAUUAUCCUCGCCCAUCCGUCCGCUCGAACGCCUGUCGCGCAACCUCGAGGAGGACGAGGACAACUUCUCGCUGCAGCAGUUCGCUCCGGGCGACAACGGUGUGACCUACGUCCCCUUCCAGAGUCCCACUCCGAACAGCCUCUUCCUGGGCGAGAACAACAACGCCCAGCCUCACCUCGUUUUCAACUCCAACUCUCGCUCAAGUCCCAACAACAACGCCUAUCCCUACGACCAGAACGGGCUGCCCUCUCCCCUUCGCCUGGGGUCAAACCCAAAGGCACGGCGGCCCGCGCAUAUUCCGCUGCCGACGGUGCCCAUGCACAGCUGCUUGGAGAUGCAGGAUGACGAGGAUGCAGACGGCGAGUCCGAGCUAGAUCACGAUCAUAUGCUGACGCCGCCACCUCCGCCAAUAGUGCGGCAUCACAUCCAUCAGCGCUUGGGCCAGGCGCCCUAUCUCGAUCUCUCGCCGGAAGUGGCCGAGCGGUAUGCGAUUCCCAGCAAGCUAGGAUCCGGGCCAGCCGUUCAGGUGCCCCUGCCCCUCCCCGUCCCACAUGGAUCGCCCAUGGUGCGUCGAAGCAAUCGCCGGCCCAGGCCCCCGAUUCCCGUGAACUUCUGCGACCAGAUUCGCGCUCCACCCGGAUACGUGGUGCGCGCCCAGAGCGACGAUCGCCUGGUGGAGCAGGGGGAAGCUGAGGCUGCUCCGCACGUGAAUCGUCGGAGUGGUCGAAGUGCUAACGGCCAAAAGUCCCGUCCCCGCUCCUUCUGCAACUCGAUAGUGGGCGUGCAGGCCUAGAUUUAAGUACGUCCCGCUGCACUUGCUCCCCCUCUCUCUCUUAAUCAAGCUCUCUGCCUUGGCAAGAGGCCUGUUACUAACUCUACCAGGAUCACUCGAUCCCCAUACACAACCCUUCAUACAUAUACAUAGGUGUUGCUGUUUCUUUGUUGUGCCUAACCAGCCGGCUACCCUGGCUAAGAUCAGGGCCUAACAUUAGCUUCCCAUGCGUGCGUUUAACGAUUCGGAUGAUGCCUUGCAGAGCUGACUUCUAUUAUGUAAAACUAAGUAAUCAUUCACAUACGUGCAUACAGUAGAAACUUUCCCCGAAUUGUGAUAGAAGCGUGGAAAGUCGCGACAGAGUGCAAGCCUAACAAUUUUAUGUUGAUCUGUGAUAGCUGAAAACAAACAUGAACGACAAACGAUUAUUUAAAAAACGAAAAUGUCACAAAAAUCAUUAUCAAGAAAAGGAUAUGAAAAUUUGUUGAGAAUGCAAGCGAGAUAAAUGAAAUUUAGCGCCAAUUGCAACCAGAUGCCUUGGAUGAAUGACGGAAUAGAGAUUAGAGUAUACAAGAUAUAUAUACUGAUGUUAUGUGCGGGGGAGCGCAGCCUCCCCAAGAGUUGCCUUUUGUUGUUUAACUAAAAUAACUGAAAUACGAUAUACACAUAUUACCAUUAAUUACGAAAUGUACUACGAUGCAAACGUUAGUUGUCAAACACAAACAAGAAGUUGCCUAUUGAUUUAAGUGCGAGAUUCGUUAUACAAACGCAAACAAAAGUAACCAUACAAAUUUAUAGAUCUGUUAAGUCUAGUUUUAAGCUUGAGGCCACACAAAUGCAUUAGCAGAGCAGAUCCAAAUCCAUGUAGCGUAGUCAAUAUUUACUGUUUAGAUAGAUCCCCGAUCUUGAUCUUUAGCCAUGCGAAUUGCGCUGACUAGUGCCAAUUCCCGACGAGAUUCGAGGCGUUUUCAAUAAAAUGUUCAUUUACACCAAA